CGGCGGCAGAUUGGCUGGCCGGGAGAGCGGCUGGUGAGGGGACGGUGAGGCCGGGCGGCGGUUCGGGUCGCCAACGGGAGGGCCGCGAUGAGCGUCUCGGGGACCCCCGCGGUGGUCUCGGUGUCCAUCAGCAGCAGCCUCAACUCCUUCCGGGCCCUGAAGCGCUACUCCCGCGGCCUCACUAUCGCCGAGUUCAAGUGUAAAUUGGAACUGGUUGUGGGAAGUCCGGCGUCAUGUAUGGACCUCGAGCUGUAUACUGUAGACGACAAGUUUGUGAUGAAACUCGACAGCGACGAGGCCUUGUUGGGCUCAUACCCCAUCGACGACGGGUGCAGGAUCCACGUUAUUGACAAGAGUGGCACGCAGCUUGGGGAAUACGAAGAUGUGUCGAGGGUAGAGAAAUUCCAGAUCCCUGAUAGUGAAUACAACAAAAGAACAGAUUCAGCCCGCUCCUUCUUGAAACAAAAUAAACUGGGGCAGUACAACAAGGAAGAAAUGUUGAAGAGAGAAGCAGAGCAGGAGCAGAAGCUGGCGGAGGAGAAGGCCCUGGCGGAGGCUAUUCCCGUGGGAUCGAGGUGUGAGGUGCGGGUGCCAGGGCAGCCCAACAAACGUGGGAUGGUGAUGUAUGUUGGUGUAACGGAGUUCAAGCCUGGCUAUUGGAUUGGAAUCAAGUACGACGAGCCUUUGGGGAAGCAUGACGGGAGCGUCGGCGGAAAGCGAUACUUUGAGUGCCAGCCAAAAUACGGAGCCUUUGUGAAGCCUCAGCAUGUCACAAUGGGGGAUUUCCCAGAGGAAGACUAUGGACUGGAGGAUGAAAUGUAAAAGGGGGGGGGGGAAGAGGGCAAAGGAACUGGGGGAGGAUUGUGACAGCCUCUCCUCGUGCCACUGCCCCGGUUGCUGCCGUUUUUGUGGUGCCCUGCUGCAUUCCCGUGGGUGAGCCGGUGGGAGAAGACCUGACCGCUGCUGUCUUUCUGUGAUUUUUGGGUUGCUUUUC